GUUGGUCGGUCCGAGCCAAGCCGACUAGAUUGAUCGUUCUUUGUUUUCCACUUCCAUGUUCUAUCCUCUCUGUUAGUUAGUAGUUCGUGACAUUAGGAUUCGUUCUAUAUCAACAUGGGGCUUCCUCGGAUCGAUUCAGUGGCGCUACUAUCGCGUGAGAAAGACCAGGAGAUUUUGCAAUUAAAGUUACAGUUGAAAGCAUAUGCCGCGCGUACUUCGCUUAUCCAGAGCCGACUCACUUCCACACAGGACGCAUUGGAUGCACUCCAGCUCAGCCACGACGAGGAACUCAGAGCAGAACAAGCUGUUAAACACAAAAUGCAAGAGCGACUCAAAACAUACUAUCAAUUCCUCAGAUCAGUUAACUAUGAGAAGGAAGAUCUUCGUGAUGCUAUCGUAUCCUUUCUUCAAAGAGAAGACCCCCAUAAUAGUUGGCCGCAAUCUCAACUUCAUGUAUCCAGCUUGGUCCAACCUGCUGAUCCCAAAUUGUUGAUGCAUCGCAAUCAGGAUGUCUCGAACGAUUUUGAUCAAAGGUUGAUGGAUUAUGCUGCUGCCAUGAUUGAUAUUCUAGUACAUGAAAGAGAUCUAGCACGAACAGCCCAUCACGAGAGAACCAGGACAGGAUUUGAACCUUUCACUCCAAUGGACUCUUCAGUUCUUUCGAAAAUCCUACAGAAGACCUCUACUCGUCAUCAGGUAUUGGAGCUAGGGAAUCAACAACUGGAGGGACAGAGUAUAUCAGCACCACUGGCUUCAACCUCGCAUAUCAAGUACAGCGACCGCAUACGACUUGACGAGACUUCCCGCGAAAUCCAAGACGACUCCGAUCCCACUGUGCGUAUGUCUCCCACAAAUGGAGAUGUGGCACCGUCCUUAGAGAACGUUAAUCCCACCUCGAAGCUCAUCGCUCAAAUGGAUACAGAUAUCAGAAAUUUAGUAAGUGCACCUGCUAACUUAGAGAUAGAGUCUCGAAGGUCCGCGCAUCUGUUUCAAGACAACACCUCUGUGGACAUGGAAGUUGCAUACGCAGCUAGCCUCUGUCGCGAAAAAUCUCUUAUUGAGGAUAAUUUGAAACUUGUCGAACGGUUGCGCAAUUUACAUUCUUCCGAUGUGCCAGAUAGCGAUACCGAAGCAAAAGAAAAUAUGAGACCCUUAUCUCGCUUAACUGCUGAGCCCGAACUAAAACGCUCAGCUUCGCCCGCACCACCUCAGCCCACCGACGCGGAGGACGGCGAAGUAUCCAUGGACCUCGCAACACCUCUCCUACCAACAACUUUCAUAGCAACGCCCGAUAAAACCCGUCAUUCGAACACUUCGGGAACGCCGAGUACUCCACGUCCUCUUAUUCCUAUUUGCCCAGCCCCAGUCAGUUCUAGUCUCUUCGGGCAAGAACAAUCACCAUCGUGUCCUCGACAAGGGCAAUCGUCAGUACCUUCCGAAGACAUCCAGUCCGUUGGACCCUUGAAUCAACCUAGCGCGGACGAUGUAGGGAACGAAAUCGCAAGCGAGCUUGCUUCUAGAGAGCAACAGGUGGUCCAGAAUGCGGGUACGGUCAACGAAACGGAACUCAUACUUGAUUCAAGGACGAACUUGAAUGAUUGAUUUCGCUACAUUUUGAUUGCUUUACAUAAUAUAUCUUGUUUGUACGCACUGUCACUGUGGUGUU